AUGAAGUUCUCUGUCCUCUGCCUCCUGACUGUGGCCUUUGUGCCUUUGCUCUCUGCUCUGAAAGAUGAACAUUGUCCAGAGAGCGUUUUGAAUGGUCCUCUCUUUCCUUGCCAGGAGCAGUGCUCCAGAGACAGGGACUGUGAGAGGAACAUGAAGUGUUGCUACACGGGCUGUGGGCACCUGUGUUACGACCCACGUGGAGUGUCCACAGACGUGCCGAAACCCAAACCAGGAUCGUGUCCUAAACCAUACCGCUUUGACAAGUGUAUCCAGAAAUGCGACACUGACCGAGACUGUGAGGGGAAACUGAAAUGCUGCUUCAACGGCUGUGGCUUCGAGUGUAUGGACCCUGUACAUGGCAACCAUUGA